GCACAUGGCAUAGCGUGGCCUUUCUCAAGCUUCACGGUGCGACAACAGUUGGCAAGAUGAGUGCGUCGCUUGUGGAGGCCUUGGCCACGGACCGCGGCAGUGCCAGGUGCUGGUCUGCCGACUCAAACAAGAAUUAUGUCAGUUUGCAUGUAUACGUCGUGCCCUCGGAGAAGUGGCAGGAGGAGCGCAAGCUCGCAAGUAGCGUCGUUACUGAAGAGUCAAGCUCACUGGGUUUCAUCAGGGUCAGUCCGGAGGCGAGCGUCCGACGACUCAGACAGGAAAUCGCCAUGCAGCUCGGCCCGCAGAUUGUGUCAGACGACUUUGCUUUUCUCAAAUCCGUCGGCAGGAAUUUCACACAGGUGAAGUUGCACCAGGAAGAGCAACUUAGAGCGCGAAACUUUGCUCCGCCAUUCGCCUCAGAGCCGGAGAUUUAUUUGAUAAAGAUCAAAAGCGAGUCACGACUGGAAACAACCGCCUCGUUUUUUUCUGACGAUAAAGCUCACGCCAUCAAAGGUCUCAAAGACGACUUGUUAGCUCUAAAUUCGUCUCCCCACACUGACAUGAAUACCAUGACAUUCCCCGCGCUGACCUUCACCCCUGAGCAAGGUCUACAAACAGUCCUUCCCGCAUCUGCAGUAUACGCGGGCGCCAUCGAGGGACAGACAGAGGACUCAGGAGUUAUGUCCGAGGAUGAUAGCCCUUCUCCAGAUUCUUCACCGGCCAUCAAAGCCAUCACCCUGCCGAAUAAUCAGGGAAAUUUGGACAAGGAUGACAGCUUUGACGCGGAAAAAGAGCAGGAAGAUUUCGAUGAUACAAAGAGCAACAAAGAUGGCAGUGUGUUUGGCGAGUCCGCUCCAGCGAUAGUUGAGGCGAUUCCCAGCCUGUCCGAGCACCGCCUAUUUCAGGAGCAGGACGAUGAUCCUUCGCCAGGGCCGAUCCUCAGUGCAAACCUGAUGGACAAGCCUCAAGAAGAGGACCAACCGUCCAAAUUUGCACCACGGAUCCAGCAGAACGGUGACUACUCCGUGACAUUCGUCAUUUUGGAGGACGAGGAUGACGUGCUUUCCAAGUCAGCAACGCCAUCAGUUAUUCAAGAUGAACCUGACGGCGAGCUUGAAGAGGCUGAGGAGCCACAGCAAUUCAGACUCUUCCAAGGCAGCAACAAGAGCAACAAUAAUAAUAAUGGGCAGUAUAAAAAUCGCGAGGACGAAGAAAAUGAGGAUGAGUUGGCCCUGAUGAGGGAGCUUAGGGAAAUUUCAAUCUUGAACCGUGAAGAGGAAGCACGACGUCACCUGCUUGUGGGCAGAGCGACUGACCUGCAGCACAAAUUGAGGGGCAAGAAGGAAAAGAAGCAGGCGGCCUUGAGGACACAGCUGGUAGCGGCGCGCAAGGCACAAGUACCCCUGGAGCACGCGUGCCACCAGCUGCGCUUGGAACUGGACAGACAGCUGAUGAGCGCCCUGGACAAUGGCAAAGAGCAGCAAGUUAGAGUCACUGGCCACAGGGAGGGUCCUUCGCGCCGAGCCGACCUGAAGAUGGCCGCCUGCCGGCUGCAGAGGGAGGUCAAGGACCUUAACCGCAACAUUGGAGCCGUUAAAUUGCGACUUGAGUCUGAAAUUAAGAUGAGGACGCAGGUCGAAAUUGAAAUCCGCAACUUCCGAACCGAAUUGGCUGAAAAGAAGGCGGCGGUGAGCUCCCUGCGAUCGUCAAGGCUGAUGCCGGCCAAGACGCGGGCCAACGCCAUCGUCGCCAAUAAGGCGUAGAAAAAACACACCUCACGUUCCUAGAGCUUUUUGAGCACCGUUUUCCGUCCAAAAUUCGUCCCGCAUGACAUGACCAUUAAAUGAAAGUGCUGAUUUUACAAC